AUGCAGUCGUCAGGAAUCAUCUACAUCUGGCUCGAGGCUGUCUCCCUGGACAUGUCACGCCCCUCCGUGCUGUGCGCUGCCUCUUCUGCCUCGUCGCGCUGUUUUGUCGGGGUCGGUGCCUCCGGUGGGAGCACUGCAGCGGGCCCGAGAGCGAGAGAGACGCAGCGAAAAGAGGAGCAUCUGAGGGCACCGGAUCGUCCGCACAGCGAGCCAAAAGGUCCUCAAGAGCCCGCCUGGACGCACUCCAUCAAUGGCAGGCUCCAUCAUGCAGAAGGCACUCUAAUUCGGAGCACGGAUAUAAAGUACAGGUACCGCGCCGCCUCCAAGCAGGCAAGGUACUGAGUACUGGACGCGACAGGGAGCCUCCGGGGCUGAGGGAGCCUGGUCGGGAGCCACUGGUAGUCUCCGCAGGUUCUCGGUACUUGUCGCCGCAAAGAGCACGCGGAACGCCUUGCCCGUAUAAAGUUGUUGCUCAAUGUACUCCGUACCACGCUCUCAGGCCAGACGCAGA